AUGUCUUCAUCACCUCCAAGCUCUGGAACUCCCAGCACGACCCCAAGGUCGUCGCCGCCGCUCUCGAUGACUGCCUCCAGGAGCUCGGCCUCGAGUACCUUGACCCAGAAGCACGUCGGCCAGGACCUCUUCCCCCUCACCGGUGGAAACGAGCCUGAUGGCGAUGUCGAGAUCGACGACAGCAUCUCCAUUGUUGACACAUGGAAGGCCAUGACCGAACUCCCCAAGUCCAAGGCCCGCGCCGUCGGUGUUUCCAACCACACCAAGGAGCACCUCGAGGCCCUCAUCAAGGGCACUGGCGUCACCCCUGCUGCCAACCAGAUCGAGCGCCACCCUCUCCUCAUCCAGCCUGAGCUCAUCGCUUACUGCAAGGAGAAGAACAUCCACGUCACCGCCUACUCCGCCUUUGGAAACAACAUGGUCGACGCUCCUCUCCUCUUCACCUACCCCGAGGUCAAGGCCGUUGCUGAGCGUCUCACCAAGGAGAAGGGCACCGAGGUCACACCCACACAAGUCCUCCUUGCUUGGGCCCAGGUUGGCGGCCACAGUGUCAUCCCCAAGUCCGUGACCCCCAAGCGCAUUGCUCAGAACUUCCAGGAGAUCGACCUUUCCGAGUCCGACAUCAAGGAGGUUGAGGAGGUUGGCAAGCAGCAGCGCCGAUACAACGUUCCCUACGUCGCCAACAAGCCUCGAUGGAACGUCAACAUCUUUGGCGAUGAGGCUGAAAAGCCUGCUACACACCAGGUUAUCAUUUAA